GUCACACCAAUCGGGGUUUCGAAAGACAACGCAUCGUCGUCGGCGUUUCGUGCGUUUAUUUACCUUUUUUUGCGCCCAACUCUCCGUGUUUUGUUUUGUUUUGUUUUUUUUUUUUCCGAACGGCGUUCCUGUUGCCUUCCAUUUACACUGAGAAAAAUAAAGCCCCAAUGAUGCGGGCGGAGCGACGGGAUUUAAUUGCAAAGCGCAUUUUAUCCUUGGCUGAUUGCGGUUUCCUUUUCGCCGUUGUUGUUGUUGUUGUUUGGGUGUGCAGCAAAUAAAACUCGUUUCACGCGUUAGUGUGUGUAUGUGUGUGUUUGUUUGUUUGUUUGCGCGGCUUUUUUUUUGACUAUUGUUUUGUUAUUAUUGAAUGCAAAUUUGACAAAAACUGUGAAAAUUUAAAGGAAUUCAACAACAAACAGCAACAGUUGACGUAGGAAGUUGUAAGAUGUCCUUGACGAAAAAGGAUCCCUCGCUGAGAGUCGCCGCCUCGGAUCCGCAUCUCGUUUCUCUGGGCGGCGGACGACUGAGCACCGCCGUCACCCUGCACUACAUACACAUAGGUGACACGACUAUUGGAUCGGCAGCCAGUUGCAGCAUCUCGUUGAACGGAAGCGGUGUUCGUCCGCUGCACUGCACCAUAUACAGGAGCGACGCCAACGAGGUUACCCUUGUACCGGAACAGGAUUCCCGCCUGCUGAUCGACGGGACUCCGAUUCUGGAGGAGACCAAGCUCAGCCAGGGGGCAAUGAUCACCAUUGGCAACUCGAAUUAUCUGAGGUUCAACAAUCCGGACGAGGCGCAGAUGAUGCGAUCGGCGAUGGGCUCCAACGAGAGGAUUUCAAUGCCCCAGAUCGAUUUUACGCAAUCGGCGAGGCAGGCCCACGAGCUGAGUCAAUCCCUGGAGCUGGAGUCCUUCUACGAGAGCAUUAUCAACCCGAUUAAUAAUCCCUCCACCUACGAACUGGAGUGUCCCAAGGUGUUCUCCUCCGAUUUGGUCACGGUCAACAUGCCGGCCAAGGAUGUCUUGGGCCAGAAGUAUGCCAGUUUUGCACGUAAUCUCGCCGAGAAUCAUCGCAACGAGAAGCAGCUAAACAAUCAGUUUGCCAAGGGAGUGGGCAACAAUAGCGGGUACUGGAAUGUGCCCAGCAAUGCGGCGAUCUACAAGGAGCAGCAACAACAGCAGGCUCCCCCGGAUCUGCUGACGAAGGUCAAUAAUGAUCGCUACGAUCGUUAUCCUAAAGCGGGUGGCCUGCAGAUCUACUCAAUGAACGGUGUGAAUAGCGAUAUCAAUAAUGGCCUGGUUUCCGGUCAUAAUUCUAACCCAGGAGGUGGUGGCGGUGGAGCUGAACUGGAGGAUAUGCUUAAGAUCUGCACCGAGUAUGCGGAUAGGAACAAUUCCAUGGCAGCACCCACCCACAACACUUCAAGUACAUCCAGCAUCACGUCGUCACCGAUUGUCCAGAAUCGCAUCAAAACCAAUGGUUCGUUGCCGCGGGACAAGAAUAAGUCACCAUUUCCCCAGCAGACCGGAGCAGGCAGCUCUGCCAAUAUUUCGCUAUUGAGCAGUUCCUCGGGCUAUGAGAAUGUGCGCUUGCUGGGACCAAAUCGCGUGGAGAUCAAUGGUCAAAUCCAUGUGCCAGCCUCAGCAGGCGGAGGAGGGUCAUCCAGUGGCGUGGCUCCAACGGCAGCGGUCAGGGCCAGUCAUGAGAAUCUUAACCAGAACAACUCGGGAACUGCAGGUGGCAAAUAUGUGCCACAGAGUCCCAGGACCAAGAUCCGCACCAACUGCAUGUCGCCCAAAAAGGAUGUGUCCUUUGGUAAUGCCUUUGCCCUGGCCAUUAGUCCACCACCCACCCAGGCAUCCAAUGCUGUGUCCUCAGCACCCAUACCUAUUCCCAUUCCCAGCCUGGUGAAGCCACCAUUGGCACCCAAGCCACCGGCUCCAAAUCAGCAGCGCGACUACGAGCAGCUCUUCAAAUCCUUCGAGCGAAAGCAGCAGCAAUUGGAUCGCUUGGUGCCCGCCAAGCGAUCCAACAAGAACAUCAACAAUCUCACCCUAAAUCUGCAGUCCGUGGAAUCGCAGACGCAGUCCCCCAAACCGAGCAGGAAACCAGCUCCGGCACCAAGAAGUAUUCAUCUGGAGCAGCGCCAGCGGAGGGAUCUCAUCCAGCGGCGCAAGCAGCUCAAGCGGGAACUCGCCGAACUGCCGCCUUCAGCGGGAAUUGAGGGACUGGAGUUGGAACUGGGUGAGCAGCCCUUGGCCGCCAGUGCCUCACCGCGCCUCCAACUGCAGGCCCUGCAGAAUCGCGUUCGACGUCUGGAGGCGCAAAGGAAUGCCACUCGCGUCAUGGAGGAGAAUCAGCAGGCCAAACUGAAGCAGUCCAUCGAAAUGAAGCAGGAUCAGCUGAAGAAACUGCGAGCCAUGUUGAAGCAGAAACCAAACAAUGCAUGUCUGAAGGAGGAGCUGCAGCUGGUGUGCGAAUCUUUGGAGAGCGAUAGGAAGACUUUUGAGGACCUGGAGUUUCAGUAUUUCGAGGAGGAGUCCGAGCAUCAUGCCAGUCAUGAGGAAUUCAAGCGACAGGAACAGCGUCUGGCCCUCGAAGCCGAGUUGGCCGCUCUGCGCAUUCAAAUCGGUCCGGAUGAGGAGGAACCUGGGUCGCCCAGCUCGCCAGGAUCCACCGGCAGCAAUCUGGUCAAUGGCGUCAUGUCCCAAUCUCUGUUUGGCUCCGCCGAGCUGCUCUGUCCGAAGCGACGAAACCAAGAGGAUUUGAUGUCCAAGAGCGUGAACGAGAAUAUGUUUUAUAAUCAUAAAAUCGAAGCCAACACCAGUACGCCGAAGCGUCUGCCGCUCCAGCUUUUCGAGGACUUGGGCGGUGGUAGCUGCGAGCAGAUCAGCUUCAAUCUUUCACUGCAAGGCGAUCGGUUCGAGGUGAAUCCGCUGGAGCGACGUGUGCCAUCGCAGGACGACAUCGAUCGCAGCUGCAAGGUGGCCAACGACGCGCCCAUCUCCACCAGUCAGGGCGCCAGCACCAAGAUCUUCGACAGCAUCAAGGAGAUCGAGAGGAAUCGCAAGCUUCUGCUAGCCCAGCAGGGUCAUCAGGUCAUUGAGCACGAGCGCCAGAAGAUGUACGAUCUGAAAAAGAAGAGCCACGACGAGGCCCGCACCCAGUACUUGCUCUCCACCCAGCAAUCGAUGGAGCAGCAGCUGCUGCUGCUGGAAUCGGAUGCCAACGGCGGCAAAGAUGCGAAAUUAUUUGAGAAGACCGAGAUGCAAAAGCUCAAUAAACCAGGUGACACAGUGGAUGAGCAGGUGCAAAAGACCGGUGGCGAUAAGGAGAACAAUGUGCAAAACAGAAAGUCAACUGGCAGCAGUCCUACAACAGCAACAACAACUGGAACGACACCUCAACAGCAACGCCAUUCGCAACCGGAACUGGAGCACCAUGCCAUUGCCCUGGGAAUGGGUGGCGUCAGCGGAGGAGGCGGUGGCAACCAAAUGGUGGUCCGUAGUCCACGCCCACUCUCCGAGGCCAACAAUUGCGAUGCAACGCUCGAGGCGCCCAAGUUCGUUAACGGAAUGGACUCCUCCGCGUCGCCGGCGACGGAGAACAAGCGGGCCAGCAGCAAUUCACAUGAUACGGCAUCGGCGGGCAGCGGAAGCGGGAACAGCGGAAGCGGAGGCAGCACCGCCAGCGAACGGAAGCGCAUUCUGCCAAAGCACCAGCGCCCGCUCACCCGCUACCUGCCCAUCUUCUCGCCGGAUCUGAAUCUGCGCCACCACAUCGAGACCGCCGGCCACCAGAUCGAUCUGUGUCCGCACGUCUUCGUGGACGCCCACAGUUGUCGCGGUUACCUCCACAAGCUGGGCGCCACGUUUCACGCGUGGUCGAGGCGCUGGUUUGUCCUGGAUCGCCAAAGGAGCGCCUUGAUCUACUACUCGGAUAAGUCGGAGAGGAAGCCAAGGGGCGGUGCCUACUUUGCAACCAUCGACGAGGUCUAUCUGGAUCACUUGAAUGCCUCGAAGAGCGGCCGGCCGCAUUGCACUUUUAUUGUGAAAACGAAGAAGCGAAGCUACAAUUUGCAGGCCGCAUCCGAUUCGGCGGCGCGAAUUUGGAUCGAUGCCAUCAUCACCGGAGCCCAGGGAAAUCUGGACUACUAGAGGAUCCAGCGGAGGACUUCAAUAACUUCUGCCCAGUGCACAGUCUCAGCAUUAGAUGGGAAGGAUUUUUAAUCUAUAAGUUUAACUAACUAUAACAAAGAAACAAAUGAAUACAAAACAAAACGAUAGCCAUGUAGGACCAGGAAAAAAAUUGCUCAUCACAAAGAGCAAAAGGAACCUAUAACUUUCUCUUUUUUGGCGAACUAAAGAAAUCCGAGAUUUCAGUACUGGACCAAAGUCAAGAACGUAUUUUUUUAUAGACCUAUUUUAUUAUGUAUGUACAUUUUACUUUGUCAUAUUCUGGUUAAGAACUAUUUUUCUAUCGCUAGAUUUAGAAUUGUAAAUCAAGGACACCCAUGCUACUAACACCGCCAUUUCAAACCGUAAUCAUAUAGAUACCCUUAUAGAGUUGUGACCAAUAGUGGCGGUGGCCCAAUAUCACUGAAGUUUUGAAUUUUGAGUUUUGAAUUUUAAACGUUUCUUUCCGCGGCUAAACCUAAUUUUUUUUUGUACAUUUAUAUAUUAAGAAGGAAAAUUAAGCUAUGGAUAACGGAUUUUAUGGCCUUGCAUUUUUAAGGGCCCUGCUAUUAUUGGCCACGUAUCUAUAUGAUCACAUAUAUAUCAUAAACCCUAGACUAUAUUUAUAUACAUAUACAAAUUGUAUAACGAUUUAAAUGUAACAACCAAAAUGACUCCUGAACACUUGAAGUUUCAUCGUGAAUUUACCUAUUAACUUUAUUAUAUUGUACGCCUAACUAUUAUAUUUUAUAAAAAUAUACCAUAUAUUUUGAUAAA